GAAGUUUGCAAUUACAAUCUUUUCUUACAAUCUUCUUCAUCUACAUAUGGAUACUGCUCGCCAAUCUGCACAUUUCCACCAAUCUGUUUGGGGAGAUUAUUUCAUCAACUAUUCACCUCUACAAUCGAGAACUAGUCUGGCACAUCAAAAGCAAAAGAAUGAAAAGCUUCGGGUUGAGAUAAGGAAGAUUCUCCUAGAUACCAUUGAUCCAUUACAAUCACUUGAACUAAUUGACUCAAUGGAACGUUUUGGAGUGGCCUAUCAUUUUGAAAAAGAAAUCAGUGACAUAUUAUGUAGAGUUCAUAAGACGAACAUUGGUGAUGAUGAUGAUGAUCUGUACGCAGUUGCACUUCAUUUUCGAUUAUUAAGACAACACAAAUAUCAAAUCACUUCUGAUGUAUUUAUUAAGUUUUUGGAUGAUAAAGGAGAGUUCAAAUCACCUUUAUGUAAUGAUGUGAGGGCUUUGUUAAGCUUAUAUGAAGCAACUUAUCUGGGAUUUCCUGAUGAAGAAAUAUUAGAUAAAGCUAAAAACUUUUCAAGGGUUCACUUGAAGUCAUCCAUAUACAACACAGAGCCCUCUUUAGCCCUGAUGGUGUCAAGUGCUUUGGAAUUGCCAUUGGUUAGAAGAACAAAUCGGCUCAAGGCUAGAAGCUACUUGGAAAUAUAUGAGAAUUAUAACUUGUGCAAUAAAAAGCUAAUAGAUUUUUCUAAAUUAGAUUUCAAUCUAUUGCAAGCUAUUCAUAAAGAAGAAGUUCAAGUAAUAUCAGUUUGGUGGAAACAGUUAUGCUUGUCCAAAUACCUACCAUUUGCGCGUGAUCGAUUAGUGGAAUCAUACUUUUGGAUGCUUGCAGCUUACUCUGAACCAUCCUAUUCACAUGCCAGAGUGAUUAAUGCGAAGAUUAUGCCCCUUAUUGUGGCAACUGAUGAUAUCUAUGACAUUUACGGAACACCAGAAGAACUUGAGUUAUUCACCGACAUAAUAGAAUGCUGGGACCUUGAAAGAGUUACUAUGUUGCCAGAAUAUAUGCAACGAUGCUUCCUUGCACUUUAUAAUACUUUGAAGGAAACCGAGGAUGAGCUAGCACCUCAACACAAUUCUUUUCGCGUUUGUUAUCUUAAAGACGAGUUUAAAAAUAUGACUAGAGCAUACCUUCAAGAAGCCAAAUGGGCUAGCGAGGGCCACGUUCCUACGCUUGAGGAACAUUUGAGAGUAACACUAGUUACUUCUGGGUACUUGUUAAUCACUUACGUUGUCUAUCUUGGAAUGGAGGAAGUGAUCUCAAAGGAUACCUAUGAAUGGGUUUCUAGCUUUCCUCAAAUCAUCAAAUCAUUGUGUAUAGUUGGGAGGCUUAUGAAUGACAUUGGUUCUUAUCAAAAUGAACAAAAAAGGAAUCAUGUUGCUUCAUCUAUUCAAUGUUAUGCCAAGGAAAAUGGUUGCUCUGAGUUGGAGGCAUGCAAGAAGCUUAGGGAAAUGGUGGAAGAAAAUUGGAAGAUUAUUAAUAGAGAAUUUGCAUCAAGCAACAUUCCACUAUCAUUAAUUAGGCCAACCAUGAACUUGACAUACUUUGCUUAUUUUGUUUAUAAAAACAAGACUGAUAUUUACACUAACUCGUCAAAGUUCAUGAAGAAAUCAUGA